CAAUCUCCAUAGCAACCUUUAAACUUCCAAUUUCAGACAAACCAAAAUUUUCAGAAUUAUGAGCACCUAUGGAGAUCCGUUGGUGAUCGUAAUUGAGCAUUUGCAGUGUUCCAUGUCCAAAGAUUUGCUCUGCAAAUUUCCAGACAACUCCGCAUUCGAUUUCGACUAUACCCAGAGUUCUAUUUGGUCUCCUCUAGUACCUCGACCGUUGUCUGCACAGCGUAGAAUGAGCUCGGGUCUAUCGCGAAAGCUGUCGUACGAGGAUGUCUCAGCAGGCUGUAUCGGCGCAGCCAAUUUCAAGAAAGUGACUGCAAAAAUCAAGAGGAAGUUCUCCACUGCUGUGUCUGAGAAUAUGAAAGAAUAUCAGAAGUUGAAGAAGAGAAAGAAGAAGGCUUUUGAUUUCACUUCUCCAACCCCAAGAAAGAAAUGCAGGGGGUGUGUUAAGGUACUGAAAGCAGUUUCUAAGCAUUUCAAGAAGAAGAAGAACAAGAAAGAUUCCAAAGCUGAUGUUAAUUUUUCCAAAUGUUCGACUGACUAUAGUCUCAUGCGAAGCUCUACAUAUCCAUAAUCUGUAUGCUAUUUGUAUUGAUUUUGUGGAGGUUUUGGGGGGUGAGAGGCAAGAGGAUUUGUCUUGUUUAUUUAAGUAUUUACUAGUUUUAGUGAUUUGUAAUACCUGAAUUUCCACUAAAUAAGCAGAUAUAUACUGCUUAAGAGUGCAUUUGUUGCAAAUAACAAGUGUUUCUCCACUGUAAAAGCAAUUAUACUAUCAUUGCUAGUAAAAGAUGGAGCUUACUGGCUCUGACUUUGUAACAGUAUGAAUUCUUAAAUGCUAAGUAUUUUUUGUGCUACUAAAAUUUAAUUGAUGAUAUUGAAGCAAAAGUUUGAUCA